CUGUUAGGUAUGGACUGACCAACAUAUAUAGAGACGAUUUUAUGAGAUAAACACCUUACAUUGUAAACCCCUGAGUACAACGUAAAAUAUAUUUUGUAGGUAAUUUUGAUUUGGAACAAUACACAGAACGCUAUUGUUGUGGACUAUGAUAUAAUCGGAUACGGAGCCUGGAAUGGUCGUUAUAUUGAUUUCUGGUUAUACUGACUUCAGUGCUGAUAACACACCUUUCACAGCAACGUUAAAGCACACACGUUGUCCCACAGUCUCACACAGUCUCGCACAUACAGAGCAUGGUGGAGGACACAUUAUCCAUUCUUUUACCAUAAUCCAUGAUGGACAGCAACAGUAUCUUGUUAUGGAGGACUUGCCAUGGCGGCGUUAGCGGCAUCACCAGCCCGUCUCGAUAUCAUACAGCACAACCUCGUGUGUUUGUCUGAUGGAACCUGUUCCGUCCGGAGAUUUUCACAGUCCGGUGGCGUUUAUACAAGACAAUGACCGAUAUCUAGUUGUUGAACAGAGUGGGAUGGUGCAUUCGUACUCCCUGUCGUGGCGGAAUUAUGAGGUUUUAUUUUUGGAUAUGUCAAAUAUGGUUUCGUUUGAUCCAAAUACUCACGACGAAAGGGGACUUCUCAACCUUGUGUUGCAUCCAGAUUUUAGCGAAAAUGGGAAGUUAUACACAUUUUCCGUUCGGACGUUUUCAGAUGGACAUGACUACGUCAUUGUGUCCGAGCUACAUGAAAAGAACGGAUAUGUGGACACAAAGAAAGAGAAAAUAUUAUUGACCGUACAACAGUCAUCGCCAUACCGGAACGGCGGGGCGCUGCUGUUUGGUCAGGACGGGUAUUUGUACAUAGGCUUGGGUGAUGGAGGAACACCUUCAGACUCUGGGAAUGAACAGCUCGCAACGCAGGCCCAAGAUAAGCAGUGUCUACUAGGCAAGCUACUACGAGUCGACGUUAAUAUCCCCGGUGCGAGCUACGCCGUCCCAAGCGAUAAUCCAUUUACUAACAACACCAUCGGUCGUCCAGAGAUUUUUGCCUACGGAUUCCGGAACCUCUUCAGAUGUAACAUUGAUACAUACGGUAACGAUCUGUUCUGUGGCGACAAUGGGAACCAUCAUCAAAACGAGAUCGACAUCAUUAGGAAAGGAAGAAAUUAUGGCUGGAACGUCAAAGAAGGAAACUUUUGUUUGGCGCCGGGUCUGUGUGAUCACAUAGCUGACGAGGAGAAACCUAUAUUUGCAUACAACAACACGACUCCCUACAGUGCUGUGAUUGGAGGCUACGUUUACCGGGGGAAGGCGUUUAAAACACACUGGUUCGGGGACUACAUCUUUGGCGAUUUCUCGGGAGGUCUGUUGCGUUUGAUUAGACUCAAUGACAGAUGGCUAUCGCAGAACAUCCAGUUGUGUCCGGCUACAUCAUGUCCAUGUGAUGCACGCGCCAAGUACGGCCAAUAUCUGCAUUCUUUCGGACAAGACAACAAUGGUGAAUUGUACAUCAUUACAUCUGGGUUCAAAGAAGGUAUACAGUCAUCUACUCUCCUAAAAUUAGUGCCACCUAGUCCUAGCCAUAUCUCGUGCUUGGGAUCGAACAUUGAUGUUUCUGUGACUUUGACUUUAUAUAUGUGCCUCUGUGGACUUCUUCUGACAACAGCAUGGUCAGACACCUACCUUGUCAUGACAACAUUUGAUGCAUAUAACCGUGUGUAAUAAAGUAUAUUUGAUUAUAAAUGUGAA